CAAGAAAAUGGACCUUUUGGAAAACGUAAUCAAGCUGGGAAUAUCUCCAGUUGAGAGUUUGCAAGUCCUCACGUGCAUGUUCGCGGGGAUUUUUGCCGGUUGUAGCCUUUACGUGGCUGUGGUUGAGGCCCCAAGCCGAGUCGAUCUGCCUAUACAUUCUCUCUGGGAACAAUGGGCCACCAGCUUCAAAAGGGGGGCAAUAUUUAUACCCAUUCUGUCUCUGUGCAUGGCUAUGAGUUCCGGUGCUGUCUACUAUUUAAGUUCCUCCUCGCCUGUCCGGACACUCUGGUUGGUCCCGGUCGGUUCAUGCGUCUUCUCGGUCAUCUACACAGCUAUUGUCAUGGGCCCAGAGAUCAAAAUUUUAUUGGAGAAAGACGUCAUCACAAAGAAAGGCAAUGAUUGGACAAAACAGGCGAUUGCACGAUGGGUCAGACGACAUUACAUCCGAGUGGUGGCGAUCUUGAUUACUUUCUUGGUGUCCGUCUUUGCUGCCGUGAAGUCCUAAUACGCUCCUCACAGGAAGUGAUUAUAAAUUUCGAGUGGACAGAAUUUGUGCCUCCAUCAUUUUUAUACAAACUGAUUUUAUUAAUUGUAUACUGAUUAGGCAUGGUGAUUUGCAUAUGUUAAUGAUUGUCAUAUUUACUGCUAUCAUUUUUGGAUAACUUUUAAUUUAUUUUUUAUAACACAUUAUAUCUUAUAUCAUUACAUUGUACCAUGUUUGAGAUACAUGUGCAUAAUAAUACAUACAGUACAUAGUUAGUGUAUUUAGAAAUUCUACAUGUUCAUAAUUAAAAUAUUAAAGAACGAGGGCGCUUUUGAUUGGCAUUCGGCAGGAAUCUGGGCGCACUUGAAAAGUGAAAAUUUCAUUGAUCUGUCACACAAAAUUUUAGCAUUCUUUUGAUAUAUCGGGUUCCUGUGAAAUAGGAAAUGGAAAUAUUUUCCCGAUAUUGUAUUUUGAUUUGCUAAAAAAGAACUUGCAAAUUGGCUAGAUGAGUUAUUUGGUACGAAAUGUUACAUUUUCAAACACGUUUUUCUAAA